ACUUAUCAGAUUGCUAGUAUCCAAAACUAUUAAAAAUUAAAUAUUUUUACUUUGAUUGUCAAAAUGAUUUGACGUUUAUUUGUUUGUGUUUGUUCCAAGGUUUCUUCAUCUUACCUAUUCAUUUACGUUUAAUUUAAUAACAAUUAUUUAUUAAAUUAAAUAAAUCGUAUGAAACUUAAUAUUUUAGAUACAUGUCUUCAUGAUCUUAUAUAUAAUAUAUUUAAACAUGUCUCUGUUGUUUAUACUUACAACUAUAAUUACUACGAUUUAAGCGCUUUUGGGCAGACUUGGAAACUUUUAUUAUUUAAAUAUAAAAAAAUAUAGAAAUUACACUUAGUACAAUGAGUAGAGUAAGUGCACCACAAAUGAAGAUUCUUUUGGAUUUGCUUAGUCAAGAAGGUGUAUUGGUCCAUGGAAAGGUAUCAUAUGCUAAUACAACUAAAUUGAACUUCUGGAAGCGCAUUGCGACUCAACUGAACGCCGUUGAGGGGGGAGUGUAUAAAAAUACAUGGAAAUGGUGUAAGAUGUGGGCGGAUUGGAAAAACAAGACCAAAAAAAAAGCCAAUAUACUGUUGAGAAGAAAGAGCUACAAUUUUGCACACCCCACACCAACACUCACUAACCUUGAAUUAAGGCUUCUAAAAAUGGUUGACUAUCCUAUUGAUGAUAAGUCAGAUGCAAUGAAAUUAGAAAUGGGAAUAAACAAAGUUGAAUUACCAGAAAUCUCUGAUGAUGUGCAAGGCGAAUAUUUGAUCGAUGAAUAUAAUGAAUCACAACCAAGUAAAAGCAGAAUGUCUUCAGAUGGAGAUAUAGCACCAGAGUGUUUUGAUACCACUGAGAGUAAAUUUUGUAAUGUUGAUGACAUUAUAUCUGAUGAUAGUACUAAUUUUAAAAAAUAUGAAGAAUCAUCAGACACAGAAAAGAAAGUGAAGUGGAAAGGGAAAACAUUUAAAAAGAAAAAAUCUUUACACGAGUAUAAAUUAAAAACUGCAUUAAUGCUGGAAAAACAGAGAGUACAGCAUAAAACAGAGGAAUUAAGAUUGAGAGCCUUAGAACUGAAAUUGAAAGGAGAGGAAUUGAGAUUGAAAGAGAUGGAAAUGAACAAAAUCAACUAUUUAACUAAUAUAGAGGAAGAAAAAUUAAAAUGUUUUAGAGAUAUCUCAGCAUCAUUGAAAGAAUUAGUGGAGCGCACCAAAAAUGGAAAUAUAAGAUUUCCUAGUAUAAUAUAAUAAUAAAUAUAUAUAAUAUGAUAUAUAAGAAGAUAAUACUGUGAUGUUAUGUAAAAUUUAAGUACUUAAUAUAGUUCCGGUUAUAUAAAUCGUAACUAUUGAAGUAUUAAUUAAACAAUUAUUAAAUAUGGAUUUUUCUA